AUGGAAGAAACCCAAAAACAAGAGUUUGAAGAUAAGCUCAAACAGAGAGAAGAGGAACGAGCAAAACAGAAGGAAGAAAGGGAUAAGAACAAGGAUGAUGGGGUUGAGGAAGAAGAUCCUGAUUUCAUACAAGCAAAGCUUAAAGACCAAAUUGCUGUUAUCCAAGAUGGUUUAUCAAAACAUGCUGAACUUGGUGAUGAUAAGAAAGUUAUUGAAGCUCAUUUUGAUACCUUAAAUACCCAGUUUAAAGAUCUUCGUGAUUAUCUUGCAAAUAUCCUCUUCUGUCUUCCAUCCUAUACUCAGCAAUCUUUUCAGAAGGAAGUGGAUAUCUUACAUGAAACGCUAAACUCAGAGAGGGAGAAAGCAAUCCCAAAGUCUAAAUUUUCUUUCAAAAUGAAGAAAAAGCAAAAGAAACCAAAGGAAGAGAAGAAGGAGGAAAUCAAGCAGGAGGAGGAAGAGGAUGUUGACAUUUUUGCACUGAUCGAUGAAGAAAGAGAUCUGGUCAUUAAAAACCAGAAAGGUCUUCGAAGGAUAGUCCUUCCCACUGAGUACGAGGGGAAGGAUAAAGCGUACCUUAUCAACAUUGAUAACUGUGAUAUCUACCUACCCUUCGUAAUGAAAGCUCUAUAUAUCAAAAAUGUUCAUAACUCCCGGAUCUACGGAGGCUACGUAAUGGGUGCUACCUUCUACUUCUCAACUAAGAAGAGUACCUACCACAUGGCUUCCCAUCAGACUAGGAUUCAUAAAGCAGUUGGGUGUGAUUUCUACUUAUUCGCAAAGCAGGGGCCUAUCAUCGAGGAUUGUUCAGAGCUGAGGUUUGGACCUUACAAGUUUAGGUACCCUGAUAGCAUUAAGCAUGAGACAUUUGCAGGGUUCUUCAACCAGCCAAAUUUGUAUCACAAGGUGGUUGAUUUUAAGUGGAUUAAGAAGGACAAGAGUCCUAAUUUUGAUGUGAUAGUGGGGGAAGAUGCAGAGUCUAUGUACUCAACUGUGUUAGAAGAAAGUGAUUUUAAAUAA